AGAGAGGCGUCUGGGCAGUGGGGUCGACGAGCCUGGCUGGUGCUGGGUGAAUGCUGCCUGGCGAGGACAAGGGGUGAGGCGGCAGCGGCAUCGACUCGAAAAAGGAGCAUGGCAUCCACAGGCAUGCAGAUAUUUGGAUUUGUCCUGGCACUGUUGGGCAUCAUGGGUGCCAUGGUAGCCACUCUGCUGCCCAACUGGAAGGUCAGCGCAGAUGUGGGCUCCAACAUCAUCACAGCGAUCUCACAGAUGCAGGGACUAUGGAUGGACUGCACAUGGUACAGCACAGGGAUGUUCAGUUGCACGCUUAAAUAUUCAGUGCUUUCACUACCGGCGUACUUGCAGACUGCCCGUACCACCAUGGUCCUGUGCUGCGUACUGGCUGCCAUGGGCCUCUGCCUUGCAUCCCUGGGACUCAAAUGCACACGUUGGGGAGGUGGACGGCGCUCCAAACGGCAUGCUGCGAUUGCCAGUGGUGGCUGCUUUGUCGCUGCAGGCUUUCUGUGUCUGGUGCCUGCUUCCUGGUUUACCAACGAGGUCAUCACCAACUUCCUGGACUCCAGUGUGCCCGAAAGCAAUAAGUUUGAGCCUGGGGGUGCUGUGUACGUGGCCUUUGUUUCAGCAGGAUUCCUCUUAAUGGGGGGGUCCAUCUUUUGCAUGUCCUGCUCGGGGAAGAGGCAUGGCCCCCAGGACCUGGUCCUGCUCCCUCCCCCUGACAAAUUGCUGCUACAGCAGCAGCAGCAACAGCUGCUUCAGCAGCAGGAGCUCCAGCACCAGUACUGCUCUCUCUCCCCAUUAGACAAUAAGACUGGCUACAGCCUGCAGGACUAUGUGUAA